AUGUCGAUCGCCGACGUGGUGGACGCCGGCGACCCGCGGGACCUGUACGAGAUCAUUGAGAAGGUCGGACGAGGCUCAUAUGGGUCGGUCUUCAAGGGCAUGUCAAAGGCUACUGGUGCCGUCGUCGCUAUUAAGACCCUGGCUCUGGAAGAAGGCGAGGACCUCGAGGAUGUCAUCAAUGAGAUUCGCAUCCUCAAGCAGUGCGACCAUCCGAACAUUGUCAAGUACUUUGGCUCGUACAUGGUGGACGACGAUCUGUGGAUUGUGAUGGAGUUUUGUGACGGUGGCUCUGUGCUUGACAUCUACGAGGCGCUAGACUCGCCGCUGGCCGAGGCGCAGAUUGCGUACAUUGUGCGCGAGUCGUUCAAGGGACUGCUGUACUUGCACGAGAACGGGAUGAUCCAUCGCGAUAUCAAGGGCGGCAACGUGCUCCUGACCUCUGACGGGCGGGUGCUGCUUGCGGACUUUGGCGUUUCUGCGAUUCUCAACACGACACUCUCCAAGCGCAACACGUUUAUUGGGACGCCGUACUGGAUCGCGCCCGAGGUGAUCAUGGUGGAGUCUGACGGCGACCCAUACGACGCCAAGGCGGACAUCUGGUCGAUGGGCAUUACUGCGAUCGAGAUGGCUGAGCUCGGCCCACCAUACGGCGACGUGCACCCGAUGCGUGCGCUGUUCCUCAUCGGCUCUGCGCAGCGCGUGCCGUCGCUCCACGACAAAAAGGCGUGGAGCUCGGCAUUCCACGCGUUUCUGGAAGCGUGCCUUGUCAAGGACCCUGCCGGACGGCCGUCGGCGGUUGAGAUUCUAGAGCACGAGUUUCUCAAGAACGCGCCGACGUCUGCGGCGAUUCUGACCGAGCUCAUUGAGCAGGCGCGCGAGGCCGAGGCCAACGCGUCAGUCGGACUCGGGCGGGCGGCUGGGACGAUGAUGCGGAUGAAGGCGGGCGAGGCGCCCAAGUCGGACACGACGUCGGAUGAGGACGACUCGGGCACGUUUAUCAAGAAGAAGAUGCCGGAGGCUGCCGCGCCUGCGGCGGCGGUGCCGGACGUGGCGGUGCAGGGCUCGGACUCGGACUCGGAUGAGGACUCGGACGCGGACGGUGCGAGCGCGGCGACCAAGGCCAAGGCUAGCAAGGGCAAGUCGCCUGCGGGCAAGAACAAACCGUUGGCCAAGAACGUGGACUCGCUCAAGGUCGGCGUGGCGACGCAUGGGCGGGCUGACUCGACGGUGUCGUCGACGCUCCGGCCUGCGUCGACGACGCCGCUGCACCAGGUGAGCGUUCCGGAGGGCUACGCGCACACUUUUGAGGCGCAGGCGCUGCUCCGCGACUUUACUCGCGGAGCCAAUUGCGCCGACAACUGGGGCGAAAAGCUGUUCAUCGGCACGUCCAAGGGCAUCUACCUGUUUGACCCGCACGCGGCGAGCCCCGAGCUGACGCUCGUUCGGGUGGUCAAGGUCAAGUGUGUGGAGCUGAUUGUGAUCGAGGAGCUCUCGGUAGUGGUCACCAUCUCGGGCUCGUCGUCGCAAGUGGUGGUGUACGAGCUGCGGUCGCUGGCGGGCGCCGGCAAGAAGAAGAAGAAGACCAAGGCCGGGGCGGUGCUGGCGUCGACCAAGAACUGCCACUCGAUCUUUAUCGGCCGCGACGGCGAGGACAACUCGAACUUUUUCCUCUGCGCAGCCAUCAAGAAGAAGCUCUACCUCUGCGAAUGGGCGCCGCACCCAUACAACAAGUUUAUGCAUCUGGUCGAGUUCUCGACCUCGUCGCGGACGCAGGUCGGCCUCCUGUUCAAGGACCCGACAACCAACAUCCUCUCCAAGAUCAUCUGCGGCUCGGUGUCAAACAAGACCGAGCUCAACAUCAUCGACAUUGCGUCGUACAAGACCUCGGAGCUGGCGUCGUUCAAGGGCAAGGCGCCGCCGGCGGCGGUCCUCCACCUCGACGGCUACACGGUCCUGUUCUCGUUCAAGACGUCGGCCAAGGCCAUCGACAUCCGCACCGGCGCCACAGUCUUUGAGUUUGAGUGGGCCGCGCCCGUCGUCGACGUCGUCUACAACGGCUCCAACUACAUUGUUGGCUUUACCGACAAGUCGGUCGAGUUUGUCUCGCUUGACAACCACAACGUCUGCCAGACGCUCUCGCACGCCUCGCCGCUCAAGUACCUUUGCCAGUCAGACUUUAUCUACAUUGCGUCGAUGAAGAAGAAGACCACAGGCGUUUUCAAGAUCCAGGCCAAGCGCCAGCGCUCGCCCGUCGACCGGCUGCGUGAGCGCAAGCAGGCAGCCGCUUAA